AUGAGAGCGCGAGACACCGUGUUCGGUUCCUUCCAGUGUCUUUGGCGAGGAGGAGGUUAUGGAGGAGGAGGUUAUGGAGGAGGAGGUUAUGGAGGAGGAGGUUAUGGAGGAGGUGGUUAUGGAUCGCAGCGUUCCCAGGUUCACGAGGAUUCAACACAUGCUAGAAGCAGUCCUCCGAUUCCUCAUGUGUGGUUGUGGAGAGUCAGGGGAAGAUCAGGUUCAUCAUCCUGUGCAGGAAGCAGCAAGUGCCUUGGAAAUGCCUAUAAACCAGAGUUCUGUAAGACCCUGGUACUGAAGAAUGUUCUUCCUGAUGCAUCACACUGCUACCCACCAGUGAACCACUGCAGAACAAGGACACUCGACGUUGUUAUCCAGGUUGCAGUGCAGACGUCGGAGUCCUCUUAUUACAUGUGGCUUCUGACUGUUCCACGCCUGCAAACUAAUCACCCGAGUUACUUCUAUCACCGACAAAACUGGAAGAAUCGGUGCUUCCAGGUGAAUCCUCAAAACUUGGGUAGAAAAAAAUGGUGCUUUAUGGAUGUCCUUGUCCUCAGGGAAAUAUGUGGUUUCACUGGAAUGGCUUACUGGCUGACCCCUCUGCUUCUUUGUAAAUUAAGCGUUUUGUGGGAAAUGGCUCUUCUGACUUAUUCUCAGAAAAUGUGACAAGUGACGGUAAAGACAUCUUUAAUUUUACUUACAAUCCCUGUAAAUGUAUUGAAUGGACGAAAAGCAUUUCUCAUGAACUCCCAAAGCAGAAGAUUAUGAAAAAAUAAUGCCCAGUUCUCUCUACUGUUACCCUAUAGAGCAGGGCUUUUCAAAGUGUGGGGCGCGCCUCCCCUGGGGGGCGCCAGAGUUCUUCGGGGGGGGCGCAACGUGAGGAAACAUAAGCGAGAAUAAGUUACUAUUGCGGACAUUUAGCGAACUUCAGCUAGCCUUUGCCAGAGACAAAAUGGAUCUAUUUUUAGUACCUAAAGCUACAGUGAGUGAGGAGACAGAGUCUGGGCCAAGCAAAAAACCAGACCCUCCAGGAUUUCGUGAUAUUGCGAUUCAACCAAUCCCUGCGAAUUCAGGGCAGUGUUGCAAUUAUAUCCAAUCGCCGCAACCUUCCCGCAAAUUUGACCAAUCGUUGGCAUCGUCUUGAGGUGACGUCGACAAACUACCUUCCGCCUUACUUCUGUGUAUACGUUCAAGAGAAGCAGCAUGCGCGCAGUGUUGCCAGAUUGGGCGGUUUUAAGUGCAUUUUGGUGGGUUUUGAACAUAUUUUGGACUGGAAAACGUCAGCAGUAUCUGCCAACACUGCAUGUGUGAGACAAUGUUUAUAUAGGCUUAAGUUCUGUUACUGAAAGUGUUAUGUUUACAGUGAAGGACUGUGUGCACUUUAUUUUUUUUACUUAAUACAAGAAAUUAAUGGAUGCCAACAUUUUGGCAAAAAUGGUAUUUUAUUUUCCAUUGUUUAGGCAGCUUCAGCAUCAUACUGUGAGAUUCUGUUCAAAUUGUUUUUUUUUUUUCUUCUAUGAAGCCUGAGCCAUUUAUUUUAUUAGUUUAUAAUUAUUGUUUAAUUUAGUCUUCAGGAGAGACUGCCUGCACACAGUACUAGUAUUAAGUUUUGUUUUUGUUUUUCUUACAUGAAAGCUGAGGCAUUUAUAUUAUAUUUUAAGGUAACUUCAUGUUGUGCUGUGAGGUUCUAUGCACUUUAACUUUUGAACCAACAGGUGCAUUUGGAUAAGUAAAGCCUAUUCUGCAUUUUUGUAGUCCUGGUAAUCUUUUAUAUUGAUAAAGAUGUUUUAUAGAACCAUUUCUCAGUGUCUGUUUUUUUUAAUCAAUAGUUUUCAGUAAUAACUUAUCACUCAAUUUUAAUCAUAAAAAGAGAAAAUCGCAACAGUUUCUCGCAACUUUCACUUCCUCCCGCAAUGUAAUUGCAACAAAAAACCCAAACACCGCAACUUUCAUCGCAAUUUUUUGUAAAACCCCCGCAACAUCAGACAUUUUAGCCUGCAACAAUCACAAAGGCCCGUGAAAUCCUGGGGGGGACUGAAAAAAGAAGGAAGUAUGACCACAAUUAUUUAAAGUUUGAAUUUUCAUGGACUGGAUCUGAAGAUGCUCCACUGCCACAGUGUGUUGUCUGCCAAGAGGUGCUAGCUAACGAUGCUGUGAGAUGUUUAAAAUGUGUAAAACAAGAUGUUUUAAAAAGCACAGAUGUUUAAAAGGUGUAAAAGAAAAAAAUAAAAAUGUGUACAACCAUUUUUUUUUAAAAUACGAAUGGAACAUUAAGUAUAGCAACAAAAAUUGUGAGGGGGGGCGCUGUUUGCUCUUUGAGGGGGGGCUGGCUGACCACACUGAAAACCCCUGCUAUAGAGUAAUGGUAAAGACAACACUGGGUAACAGUAAGGACCUUUCAUGGCAUUUUUGGGUCACUGAGUACAGAAAUUAUGCAUUUAUUACCCCAUCCUAACUUGCUAACUAAAUUUUUAACAUGUAGUGUCGUCAUCAUCAUUUGGGAAAAAUCACAAAAUCGGUUAAUUUCCCUGACAUCUCAAUUUCAUAUUUACCUGAUCAAUAUCCUGGAUUCCAACAUUCAUGCACCAGUGUUUUUUAAACUGCUCUGUUGAAUUCUUUCUUAAAAUACAUGUAUAAUAGAGGGCCAGGAUUAUUGGCUUUUUUUUUUUGUGUGUGUGGGGGGGACUUCGUUUAAAACUGUCACAUUUUCUGAGGGUGGCCCAGAAAUGUAUUUUACAUUUUUAUAUUACUAUUUUUACACUGCAUAUAAUUUUAUACUGCUUUUCUUAAUGUUGCUUGCAAACUUGGGCCUACAUAUGAAGGACAGUUUGACAUAAGAAAAUGGCCUUAUCAAAUUGCCUUAAUUCUUAGCACUUUGAGAAGUGUGCGCACAUCACGGUGUCCAAAAUCAUGACUGUCAGGUGCGGUGGGGUUUUUAUUUUUAUUUUUUUUUGGGGGGGGGGUGCAGGAUAUGUGCAACAUGUCUGGUGAAGUGUGCCAAAUUAUGUCAACAGCUGCUGACACCAGUGUCUGAAAUGGAUAUUCUGGAUCAUGAAGAAAAGUCAUGUCUCGCAACUAGCAACAGAAAAGCUCUGAUGGAUUACUGAGAACUCUAAGCAGAGAUUUGUGAAAGCAUUGGGCUACUGAUCAAAAAAAAGUUGAGUGCUCAAACCCCAGCACCAUGAAAUAUUGGCAUACUAAAACUGUAAAGGUACCAAUGACCCUCUAUCAGGGAUAUUCAUCAGGGUCUAGUUAAAUGUUUCUUUACAAACAUCUUGGGUAAGAAAAUUAACAUUACUGUUGCCCCUUUUCAACCAACAGGGAACAGGUUCUGUUCUUGCUUGCACACCAAAAUUUGAACUGUUGGGAGCAUUUUGACCAAAAGUAAAUUUUCAGAACCUGAAAAGUUGGUUCCCAGCUGAUACCAAAAAUAUAGCUUCCCCCCCAGCAUAAACUUGGACAUCAGUAGGUGGGUUAUUAGUCUGAAGAGGAAGCAGAAUGCACUAGAAUGAAUGCAAUGGGGGAGGAUGUAGCUCCAGUGUGGGGCUAGCCUUUGGAGGGGUCCCCCCCAUUUUACUUUGUCAGCUCAUUUGUAUGGUUGAAUUGUUUUGGGUUUGUUUUUUCCUUGGUUGUUAAAACAUCUGCAAUAAUGGAACAAAAGUUAACGGAUAAUCAAUACACAUCACCAUCUUGCUACUAUGGUUUUACUUCUAUUGUGCAGCGCCCUUUGUUCAUGACGUGUCCUGGAUUGCAACGGUUCUGCUCAAAACUGGUGAAGGCAUGGGCUGGUUCGUGAGCUGGUACCAAGGUUCAAAGAAUCCUGAACAGCUCUGGGUCAAAAACCCAUUCCCUCUUGGUUGAAACGGGGUAUAUAUUGUGGCAGCUGUUGGCCUUUUAAUGGUUUAAUAAUUAGUGUUUUAGUCUGAGACUAUGCAGGAAAAAAUGUAUUUUUUUUAAAGAGCUAUCAAGUUAUUGAUUAUACCUUUCACAACUGGACACUGCACAUAUCUUCAAAUACAGUGUAUGGAACAGUAAAUGUCCAUUUUCUUUACAUGCACUUGAUCUCUUACUGUCUGCUUUUUUUUUUUGCACUUUGUUGCAAUUUCAUUCUUGCACUUUUUUUUUCAAUACGUCUUGUACAUGUAACUUAUUAGACAACUUGUAUCUGUGACUGGAGCAGUGGUUUCUGUAAAACUCUUCUAUCCAUGAUCGAAAUUAAGGUUGUCUUUAGAUGCCCCACAAAGUGACAUGCUUCUACAAACUAUAUUACUUACAAUUUAAAGUAAUGGCUAUUUAAAGUCAGUUUUACCCAUAAUGAUUUGGUCGGAUUCUUUCAAAAUAAAUUGAUGCAUUCAAAUGGGGGAAAUUAUUCCUUCAUUUUGUACUGACAACUGAAACCUGUUACUACUAUUAAUAAAUGAGUAAAUAAAAUGACUAACAGAUCCUUCUACACU